AUGAGAAAACAAAGACAACAACCAAACGAUGAUCGAGAUAUGAAAUCUCUCUUUGACCGAGUCAAUUUUUCCGCUAAAAGCGCUUUUCAACUUACGUAUAAGGCCAAACUAUUUUGUCUAUUGCUAGGCAGCCCAAAUCAGCGCUGUUAA